UCCAUUUCCUCCCUCCCUCUCUGAAGUUGCACAUGGUUUCUGUCUGAGAAGGUUUAGUUUCCUCAGGCCCUGGAUGGGAGAGGGAUGAUGCCAGAGAGCUUCAAGCAAACACACAUGUUCCAAAAUUAAGAUGAGCCUUGACCCGUUUCCUUCAGCAUUGAAAGACUUGCAAGAAUAUCUGAGAUAAUCUAGAAAUCAGACAGUUUUUUAGAUUGAAAAGGUGCCUUUUUCUUGCUCAAAUGGAAUAACAUCCAGUGUGGCUGAAUCCGAAAGUGCUUGCUUGUUGUUCAUCAAGUUUUUAAAUAUGUGGAAGUAAGACUUUUUGGGACUUUUGGGCUUGAUCUGUCUUUGGAAAACUGGGAAAUGUUUCACGAAUGAGCUUGCUGGCACCUCAAAGGUACAUUGCUGACUGGCUUUGUUAUUCCUGGACUCUUGCUUUGUGGGGAAAAAAAGGUGAAGAGGAUUGCAAUAUCACCACCAUCAAGUUGGGCAUCAGCAAACUAGACCACAAGUUGUUUGUGAAGGAUUCUCAGAGGGAGGAAUCAUGAAAGCAGACAAUUAUGGUGGAUAUGAGAACCAGCUUUUCAAAGAGGAGGAUUUCACUGGAGAGGAGGAAAUGCCUACAUUUAGAGGUCGCAGCAGAGGAGGCUGUAUGAGGUGCCAGCAGAGCCACUCUCUCCAGCUGGCUGUCAAAGUCCUCUAUGGAUUUGUUGCGUUCCUCAUCAUUACUGUGGCAGUGCUGGCGGCACUGGUGUUCAGGAAGGUUGACAGCCUGUCUGAGGAGGAGUCUGUCUACCACAAGAAGAUCACCAGUGUUCAGCAAGGAAUAGAAGAUCUGAGCUCCACCUCCAACUGUUCAGGCUGUCUGGAUGUGACUCUGUACAGCGAGGAGAUCAGUAGGCUGAAGAAAGAGUUUGAAGACAUCCAGAGAAUGAUACUAGGACAGGAGCAGGUCCUGGACCAGGCCUCCCAGACCCAGGGCACCAUCAAGGCCACCACCACCCGACUGACACGUGACAUGCAGAACCACCUCAUGUCAAUCAAACUCCUCAACCAGUCGCUGGAAAGAUACCUGGAUCGGGUGGAGGGCUGGAAGGACGUGAUCGAGGAAACUGAAGAGAAAAUGAAGAAAAUGGUGGACGAUCAGUACGACAUCAAAGCUACAGCUCAGCAGGUUAACACGACGGUGGCACUCAGUACACUGUGGAUAGAUGCACUGCAGAGGAAAGCAGACGAGGAGACUCUGGUGCUCCAGAAGUUGACCAGCGACUGGCAGAACUACAGCCGAGUUCUGAGCACCCUCAAGUCCAACACGAGCAGCACCACGCAAACGGUGCGCUUCCUCCAGAACAACAUAGUGGCAGAUCACCAGAGGAUCGCCAUGUCCACUGAGGUGUACUAUGACCUCACCCAGCAGGUGAUGAACCUGCAGAUGCAGCUUGACAAUGCGACGUCCUUCAUGGAUGAACACGAGGAAAACAUGCAUGACCUUCACUACCAUUCCAGGUACUAUGAGAACCGGACAGGUGAGCGCUUCUCUGCAUUGGAUGGUCGCCUGAACUCCAUCUCGAUGGAGAUUGACACAAUCUCCUCCAGCAUCAACGCCACUGUCAGCCACGUCCAGAGCAUGUACAAGUACAUCAACAUCGAGAGCUCGUCCUGCCAGAGUCGCAUGGGCAGACACACAGAAGAUCUACAGAACCUGAACAACACUGUCUUGUUACUCCUCCACUUGGCCGACACACUGAGACAGCAAAACAUGUUACUGAAUGUUCGACUGGAUGUGGACAUCAGGAACCUGUCUAUGGUGAUGGAGGAGAUGAAGCUUGUGGAUGUUCACCAUAUCCAGCUUAUAAAGAACUUCACCAUACUAAAAGGUGCACCUGGACCACCAGGGCCGAAAGGGAACCGUGGCGAGACCGGCUCAAAAGGACCACAGGGACUGACUGGGAGCAAAGGUGACCGAGGCCCCAUUGGAGUCCGUGGAACUGUUGGAGAGAAGGGUGCCUCUGGGCCCAGAGGACCCACAGGUGAAUCAGGCCCCACUGGCAAUAGGGGGACAGUAGGCGUCAAAGGAGCUAAAGGGGCUCUUGGCCCACCAGGACCACGUGGUGAGAAGGGUGAGAAAGGUGAUAAUGGCCUUCCAGGUUUGGAAGGCCCUCCAGGACCCUCAGGGAAUCCAGGGAUCCAGGGUCAGGCAGGACUGCCGGGCAUCAUUGGGCCAGCAGGACCAAGGGGAAAACCAGGGCCAGUAGGGCCACCUGGACCACCAGGAACCCCUGGACCUCCAGGGUCGCCGUAUGCCAUGACCGAAUCAACACCUGGCAGCGGACCGUGACACCUGCUACUGACUCGAAGAGACAGUAGAAAGAUGGACGAAGAUGUAGACUCAGAGGUGAUUUGUCUGGUACGAAGGUUCUUGACUGAUGAAAGGAUUGGAGACAGGAUAAUCCAUUUCUGUGGGAUUAUGUACGACAUUUGAGAUUUUUAUCUUUAUGAACAAAUGCAACAAAUCAGAGUUGAGAUGGGGCUUUAAAGGAGGCUUCCUCUUGAUGUUAUGACACAGCCACAUGAAAGGUCUAGAAAGUAAAAAACAGAACUGGACUGAUGGUCUGAGGUGGAAAAGAAGGGUUCUUAAGGUCAGAAAUGGACUGUGUUUGGACAGACUUUGAAUUUCAUUGAAGAAAACUGCCAUCAUACAACAAAUGGGUCUCAUCACUACUUCUGAUGAGUGUUUCCUUGUCCUCCAAAGCCAAAGAAAACCCAAAGACAACAAUCUCCAUCCAUAUAUGAUGACAGUAUGAGAUUUUACGAGAAUUAAAAACUUGUCUUGUGUGACGAGAUUAUUGGGAAUAGAAAACAUAUUGAAGCUGAGGUCUUGCCUAGUUGAAUGUACUGGAAGCAAAGAAAAUGUUUGAGGUUAUUGUCAAGCCACCAAAACCUCCCGAGGCAUAAUAAAUAGGAGAGCUGUUAACCACAGAUUUGGACUAAAGUAGUGGUGUUUCCCGUUCAGACUACUCAAAGAUUUGCAAUCCCAUGCACUAGUAUAUGGGCACAGAAAAAAAUAUCUCUUUGUGUUUUUACAUUGUGUAUGUAUCGAAUCAUCGUUUAUUGAUGGAUGGCACUUUGGUGUCUCUUAAAGUGCAAAGUUGAAGUCAGUUUGUUUAUCUUAUGGCAUUUCAGAGCAGGUACUCUGAAGGAUUUUUGGUACGGGCAAAACUUUUAUGGUCUGUGUUUGAAGAAGUUGCAGAAUUUAUGGCCUCUGAAUUUGGGCUCUGAUGAUCUUUGUUUUACAUGGUAUGCAACAUUUGCCUCUAUUGUUGCUAGAAGGAAUGAAGAAAGUAACUUUCUUGUUGAGUCCUGUUGACACGUUUAUGAGAACAUUUUGGGAAAUACACUCAUUUCUUUUCUUUCUAUGAGUUUGACGAGAAAAUAUAUCAAUCAAUUUAUUUGUCAUUUUAAAUCAUAUUAAUACAAUUUUAGUGAAAUGUAUUGUCAGUUUCUACAAUUUGUGCAUUUAAAACAGUGUUAUAACAAUAAUUAUAUGUCUAUGGGAGGGGUGUCUUAGGCAGGGUCUUAAUUUAGGAACCUUGUGGUCAUUUAACCUUCUGGCCUGGUUUCUGACCUCAACAGGGAGAAAAGGCUGUAAUCGGAGUGGUUGGGAUCUUUAAUGAGGCUUAUUUUUGCAGCGCCUGCUGUAAACAUCCUUACAAACUAGGUGUAGAGCGGUGCCUCUAUAGUGUGUUCAGUGGAGCGUUGCAGGGCCUUGUAGUCCUUAGUCUUUGGUGCUAUUUUCGCACCAGGCAGUGAUGUUCCCCGCCAAGAUGCUCUUGGUGGUGCAGGAGUAGAAAUUCCUCAGUAUUUAAGGAGAUACUUGGAAUUUCCUCAGGCAUCUAAGAUAAAACAGUCUCUGGCUCUCAGCAAUGUGGACGCCAAGGUACUUAAAGCUAUCCUCCCUCUCCACUGAGGACUCACCCGCUGAUAUAAAGAAGGGCGUAACACCCUCCCUGCUUCUUCCCAAAGUCCACUAUCAUCUCCUUCGUUCUGCUAACAUUCAGGAGUAGGUUGUUGUCUUGACACCAGCAGAUCAGGUCCUCUACUUGUGUCACGUUGGCCUUUUCAGUGUUAUCUUUGAUCAGGCCAACUACAGCUGUGUCAUCAGCAAAUGUGAUGAUGGUGCUGGAGUCAAAGUGGCUACACAGUCGUGUGUGUACAGGGAGUACAGCAGGGGGCUCAAAACGCAGCCCUGGGGUGCUCCGGUGUUAAGGAUGAGGGUGGAUGAGUUGUGUCUGCCCACUCUCACUACCUGGGAUCUGCCUGUCAGGAGGUGGAAGAUUCACAUGUACAGUGAGGUGUUUAAUCCCAGCUCCUUGAGCUUUGUGGCCAGCCUGGAGGGAACUAUGGUUUGAACGCUAAACUGUAGUGAAUGAACAGCAAUCUCGCAGAGCUCCCUUUCUUUUACAGGUGAGAUAGGUUGGUCUGGAGGAUGUGCGCUAUGGUGUCUUCUGUAGAUCGGUUGAGACGAUAAGCAAACUGUAGUGGGCCCGGUGUGCUGGUUAGUGAGGACCAGAUGCAAUCCUUAACCAGCCGACCAAAGCACCUCAUCACUACAAAGGUGAGUGUCACAGGGCGGUAGUCAUUUUCUUGGGCACAGGAAUGAUGGUGGACUUCUUGAAGCAUGUUGGUAUGGCAGACUGAGCAAGGUUGAGACAGGUUGAGAAUCAUUGUAAACACCAACGUUAGUUGAUACCACUCUGAUGUCUGUGCGUGGAGCUGGAGCCAGGAGGUGAUUAGCCUGGCUUAGCAUACAGACUGGAAGCAGGGGUAAAGAGGAACCUUGUUCUUUUAAUCUAAACACAAAUAAAAUUGUAAAAUGGUCUAUAUAUGAUUAAGGGGAGUGACUGACUGUAGCUGUUUCCUACAGGUUACAAUUUUUACAUUAAGCUAAGCUAAUUGACUCUGGCCCCGGCACUUUUCUCAUUUAACCUUUGAAAGAAAGAAAAGCAUAUUUCACAAUAUGUUGAACCAAUUUUUUUAGGAUAUAUGAAGGCUAGGAAUGUCACAAAACUCAUUUAACACACAAAUGAAUGAUAAUGUUUAACAUGUCACGUAAUAAAAAGAAAAACCAAGUUGCAGCUCUGCAACAGGAGUGUCACAUUUGCCUCAGUUUCUACUAUUAACACUGAUAGCAGAGUAAUGACUCAUAAGAGUGUUUGGGUCUUAUGAUACACACAUAAAUAACCUUUUUAUAUCACUGAAAAUACGUCUUACAAAAAAAGGAAAUGUGCUAUUUUUGUAAACCUGUGUGUUGUAAUGAAAUGCGACUGGAUUGCAUCGAACUUCAAUAAAGCUUUUUUUAAUGGA